AAACGAGUAUUCAUGUAAUUAUUUCUAAGUUUACAUAAAUACAGUUUUGACAACCACAAACCAGUCUUAAGCUGUUAGACUUAGAAAACGAGGGACAGGUAAGGGGUAGACGUAUAUGUGUUCUUUUCGUGACCUUCGAAGAUGGAGCGUUCGUGGCUGACGCUGCACGAGUCCAUUGUGUGACUCUGCGCUGGAAGAAACAGCAAAAAUUCGGAACAAGCUGAAGUUGUUAUGGAGGAUCUGAAAGGUCAAACACCCAAGAAAAAUGAGACAACAGAAAAGACUGAAAUUGUAAAAGAAGAUGAAGGAAAAAUUGAGGAAAGUGAUAAACAACUAACAGAGGAAAAAGAUGAGAAAGAAUUAGAAGAGUCAACAAAAGUUGUAAAUGAGGAACCUGUUAAAGAUGAUGAUGAUGAUGCAGAGUCAGAAUCAUCUGAAAAACCAGAUAAGGGUUCCUCAAAGAGAAAAUCAGAAGAUGGAGCAGGAGAUACAGUAGAAGAAAAAUGUAGCCCUGAAAAGAAAGCAAAGCUUAAUGAAUCGGAAGCAAAAGAAGAGUCCGAGUUAUCAGAAACUCCAGCAGUUGAAACUAAUGUAUAGAUGUGUUAUAGUUUUCAACCUCGUUUAAGUAUGUAUUCUUACUCUAUAUCUUAGAAUUUUUCUUUGUGUUCCAUACUGUUUUCUUUUAAGGUGGGUUACAAAUAAUUUAUUUGCACAAAAUAUCAUUAUACCUUAUAACUGAGGCAACAGCAAAAAACGAUAAUAUUUAAACUCACAGACAUUGUCCAAAGACAGCCAUCUAACUAUCCUUUUUGAAGUUUGAGAUGAACUGAUGUGGGUAUGUGAAAAGAAUAAAAUGUUCUUCUACAAAAAUGUAUUUUUCAGUUGUACUCUAACAAAAUGACAGGAUAUAUAUAUAAAGUAACUUUUCCUUAGAAUUCCUUAGGACAUGAUAAUAUAUCUGUGUUCUAGCUGGCCAAUUUUUGAAACAUUCAUAUUUCUAGGGCUGCUCAUUUUUUUUUUCAUUUGUAUUUAAACAAAACAUUGAUUUCUAUGAAGUGCAAGACUUCUUUACCAGUUUUUUGAAAUACUUUUGUUUGGUUAAACUGAGAAACAUUUGAGUCAUUUAGUUUUUGAUGAAUUAGUUCUAUUGGUUUACUGUAGUGUGUAUGAGAGUCUUGUUUGUAACUUUUAGCAGACAUGAAUUUAUUAUGUCUCAAUUUAAUAAAGGUGACUUGAACAUAAAAGUAAUGUAUAAAUUAUAAGAGAAUAGACCAACCAAAACACCACCACCAAAUAUAGCCUUUCAUAUUUCUGUGGUAUUCUUCUUGAAUACAUUGAUAACCUUUGGAUAAGGAUACUAAAAGAGAAAUGGCAAAAAUGUAUCAGACUAAAAUGAAUCUUUGAUGUGACUGAGUUCAGGAAUAAAGACUGAACACAAUG